GCAUUCGUUCUUCCUUGACUGGUGGGUCGAUUGCCGCCUUUUUCUCUGAAUGAAAUGUCUUUCAUUCAUGCCGUUCAAGACACGUUGUACGGAGGCAUAAACGCGUCAAUCGACGGCGUCGGAGGAGCAGAAUGCGCUCGUCACAUUCCGCGUUGGGUGAAAAUCUGUGAGGAAAUCAUCGUUCUCAUCUAUUUGUUUGUACUGUACGCGUGGACGGCUAGGACGUUGAGUCGUGUGAGUGAUGAUGAUGUGAGAGCGAUGGGCGAGAGGGAGAGACGCAUUGGGAGCUUUUCGAGGAGAUUUGUGUUGAUGGUGUUGGCGAUGGUGUUGGGAAUGGAGUUGAGUUAUAAGUUAGUGACGCGGCAGUUGCUGUUUGUUAUGAAUCCGUGCCAUGUGGUGACCAUAACGCAGCUCUAUUUGUUGUGUGUUGUGCCAAGCAAGAUGUCAGUUGCUGUUUUUAGAACUAUGAUACAUAACCUGUUUGGGACAUUCCUUGGUGUUCUGUUUGCUGUGACAAACACAAGAGAGCUGCCAGGUGAGGUUUCCGUCUACUGGGUUCAACACGUUCUCAUUUGUCUUGUCCCAUUCUUCAUCAUAUAUCUUUGGGGUCCACAAUCGUUAGAGCCACUUCUUGACUGGUCAUGGACAAGAGUUGCACUUGUUGUAUUUAUACAGUAUCAUCACCACGUCUUGCUGCCUUUGGCAGAAUUGACGUAUGUGAAUCUCAACUCCAUGCUUUGUCCACCUUGUUCUGACCCGAUUGGCGGCCCGUAUUAUAGAGCAAUUCAUCUUGUCCUCAUGUCAAUCCUUGUUUUAACUUUCGGCAAACUCUACUCAGCCAUAUCUUGUUGGGCCAUCAGUCACACGUCACCAAACAGUAAAGACGAGUAAAAAUCCAAACAGCCCAGAGAUGUAUGUAUAGCAAUAGGUGACACUUUAAAUGUCAUGUUGAUAUCAAUUAUUUUGAUGUAAAGGAAUUGUUGUAUAGUAGUACUGUAGUUCACAUAUGAAAUCUGUUGUGACAUCAGAUGCUAGAAACAUUUCUUGAUUUGUACGUUUGUAUUUUGUAAUAUAAAAGAGAGUUUCAUUGUAAA